AUGACAGUAGAAAUCGAGGACCGAGCAGCAUUUCAUCUGCUCGGGCACCCGCUGCCGGCGCUGAUCGACCUCGCCUCGACCUCCGGCACUACGGUCGACCUGUUCACGCUCUCGCUCCGCCAACCCAUCAUGCUCUUCCUCUACCCGUCCACCGCCUCGCCCCUCCGUCCGACCCCCGCCGCAUGGUCCACAAUCCCCGGUGCAACUGGUUGCACGCCGCACCUCACCUCCAUCCCACCGCAUAUCCCGCGGCUGCUGGUCAAACAGCCCUCGCUCGCCAUCUUCGGCCUCUCCACCCAAGCCCACGUCGAACAGGUCGAGGCGAAACAGCGGCUCAAUCUGCCCUUCGGUCUGCUGUCGGAUGAGAAGGAGGAGCUCCUCCAGGCGCUGGAGAUCCCAAGCUUCGAGUUGGAGGGAAAGAGGUAUUUCAGGAGGAUGACGCUGUUGCUCCAGGGCGGACAGAUUACGCGGUUGGACUACCCGAUUCAUGUACCACAAGAAGCGGGGAGUAGGGCAGAAGGACUGUUGAGAACCGAGCAGGAGCUCAUGGAUGAGGUCGAGGCGAGGGAUGCUGCGGCUGCAGCGAGUCAGACACAGGCAUAG